AUGAGCGGCGCGUUGCGUGUCCCCGCGUCCGGGGCCGCGCGGGCGCCGCGGCGGGCGCGCUGGGCUCGAAGCCUGCAUCCGCCGCCCGGCGGCAGCGCUCCGCCGCGGCCUCCGGCGGAGGCGGAAGACCCCAGCCGCCCCUUCCCGUUCGCACCCAGCGGAGCCCACCCGUUCCGCUGGCCGGUGCUGCGCUCGUUGGGGGAGAAGCGGCAGCGUUCCGGGAGGAAGGUGCUGCCCGCCACCUUCUCCCUCUUGGCGGUGGUCGUCUGGUGCUUCCUGAGGGAGGAGGGCGGCACGGACCGGUGGUGGUGGAGGGCGGCGCGCCGAGAGGCACCCGCGCCCGGCCACGGCGCGGAGCAGCCCGCCGCCCGCGCGGCGAGGAGCUGA